AUGAAUUUUGAGCAAACAUGGCGUGGUUGGCCGGCUUUCAGCGACGAUCACAUCCAGCGCCUGAUCGACGAGAUGGAUAGCAUCGACCUUCCGAUUGCGGACCACUCGCCGCCUUUGAAUCCCUUCACAGUGUUUCAUUCGACGCAGCUGACUGAUCCCUCAAUCUUGGAUCAUCCGACUGCAUACAAGUCCGAAUUGGAUUCGCAAGAUGUUGCAUCUUUAAUAGAUUUGUCUCAGUCAGAGACGCCUCCCACGCCAUACAUCGAAGUUUCUUACUCUCUACUACGGCCCCUUACACCAACAAUAUAUGACUGGUUAUCAUCGUCACGAGAUGAGGCCACAAUAUUCCAUCACUAUGUGACAUGGAUAGCCCCCAUUAUGAUUCCAGUGGACAGCACGAAUAACCCCUGGAAAUCUGUUUACCCAUCGACAGCACUGCAAGAUUCGUCUCCAGCUUCACGAGCUUUGUACCAUGCGAUCAUCGCUCAAUCUGCAUUUAAUCUGGCCAAUUUAUACAAAGACAAUCGACAUAUAUACCAUCAAAAGGAAUCAGUUGCACUGGAGCACUACGGCUCUUCAUUAAGAGAGCUAAGUCAAACCUUAAACUCUACGAAAGAAGCGGAAUACAAUGCAUGCGCUGCUACUCUAUAUACAUUAAUGAUCUCGGAGGGUCAGGCAAGAGAUUCGGUCGCUUGGAGGAGUCACUUUAAUGGAGCUGGAAGUUUUGUGACUCAGUUUGUGCGGCAAAAGCCGUGGGCUCAGUCCACGCAUUCUUGGGUAAUAUCUCAAAGCAUCGCCCUUUCAUUCGAAAUUUCACAAACAGGAAACGCCAAGCCUCAUAAUCGCUCCCCAAUCACCGAAAUUCUGUUCGAAGGCGUUGCUUCCCGCCAAAACUUUGGAUAUACAAUCGGUGCAAGCUGCAAUGUUUUGCGCAUAAUCUCAUCAACCAGACUUUUCAUGGAGCGGAUUGCGCAUGGCGAUGUCCCUGACAAUCUCUGUCUGACUGUUCAGAGCUAUAUUGCCGAAUUAUUACCUGAAAACCACGCACAAUGCGGCAUUGAUCUCGAUAUUCCCGAGCGGGAGAGUAUUGUGAAAUCAUUACCCAGAACGGAGCAGUUUAAAUUCUUGGAUUGUCUUCAUCUUCGACUCUUCCGUACGGCGGCCCUGAUUUAUAUAUAUCAAGCAAUUCUCAAGGUUCCUCCACGCGGCGUCAGCAAGUAUGUCAGAUCCGUCUUGCUGGAUGCCAUGACAUUUAUGUACGUUCGCGGAGGCGCAAUAUCGAUGUGGCCUGUCUUUAUUGCUGCUACAGAGGCCACGGAUGAAGCAGACCAGAAAAUGGUUGAGUGUUGGCUAGCAGUAUCAAGCCAACUUGGAAUCCCAAACCGUCUGGUGGCUGGAACAGUUAUUCGCCAAAUAUGGCAUGAUCGUGCACAAGAAGCCAUUGUGAGAGGCGUCGAACCAGACCAGGUCGUGUUAGACUGGAAAGCAGUUCAACAGCGAUUGGGAGUCGACCUUUUGCUUUUGUAA